CUAACUAAAAAACUUAUUUCACAAGAAAAAUCAUAUUUUUAGAUCGAUAGUAGUAUUCAUCGUCUUCUCAGUUUCAUUUUCGGUUAUACCAUCGAAGCUUCUACCCAUGGCGAAAACAAUUCAAUUAUAACGACACCCUCUCACUAUAAGAUAUUUUACAGUUACUGCAAAUCAAGGACUCAAGCAACUGUCAUGGGUAUAAUCAGGAGGUUCUUCUCUUUUAUAGCAGGGAAUGUGGUUGGGAUCUAUGUGGCUCAGAAUUACCAAGUUCCAAACAUAAAGAAGGAAGCUGACAAUUUCUUAGAUUGGGCCAAGGAAAUUGAGAAAAAAUACCACAAACCUAACAAGAAAGAUGAUGAUUAGAAAGAAACUAGAACUUCUCUGACACUACCAGUGGAAUCAGGUUUUGUUUUGGGAUUUUUGGGGGGCGAUUUGUCCUCUAUUAUAUAGGAUCAAGUAUCUUUAUUAACUGACAAAAAUUAGUUAAGGUCUCUAAAGAAGUAUUCUUCAAAAUUCAUAUACAUAAACAUGUCCGUUAUUCAAGGAAAAUGUUGUCAUUUUCUUAUCCUUGUUCUAAAAUUUACUUGCGACUUACUUAGAUUCUUGAUGCUUGGAUAGUAUGUUAACUCUAGGACAGAAAUUUCUUUACUGGCGAUUGGAAUUGAAUUUCUCCCCAUAAUAUCAAAUAUUCUUGUAACAUUGAUCCUUUAACUUGCUCGGUGAUGAUGACUGAUUGGGGCAUGUAAUUUCAGAAUGUUAUAUUGUUUGUUUAACAAAAUGUAUGUGUAAUGUAAUGCACAAGCAGGUGCAGGCUUAACAUCAUAACCGGAAUUAAUUUUAAUCCCUUCA